AUGCCUUCGUUAUCGCCUCCUCCCUUUGACAAGACUUUUGACGGGACCACGACACAAUCUGAAGAAACAGAGACCAAGCCUCAAGCUGAGCUUGACAGUAGCGAACCCAUCAGUUCUCUGGAUCCACAACCCAUUGAUGAGUCGAAACCAAAAUCGAAUCUCGACCUGGUCAACGAGUGCGACAGCUUCCCCUAUUUCCAAUCCACUCCUCAACUUUACCUCAAUCACGUCUCAACUUACUACCAUCUACAUGUUGCUGCCUACCCUGACACUACCCUUGGUUAUGUCUUGCCUUCUGUCGCUGAAGUUUUGCGCGGACUUGAUGAAUGGGAGUUGGACGAUGAUGAGCGAACUCUCACCCUGAAAGCUGGUGAAGAUGAACCCACCCGUAGCGCCAUUCUCGCUAGGACCACAGCAGCCAUGCGCGAAAUCGGUCACUUCACCAUCCUCAAAGGCUGGCGCAACGAACUCUAUCCAGUCUACGGACCUGCGCCUGCCAGAGAGCUGCUUUUCAGUGUCGAGCGUGCAGCUAGUGCCCUUUUCGGAAUCGUCACUUAUGGCAUCCACAUGACUGCUUACACAAAAUCUGCUUCCGGUGAUCUGAAGAUUUGGACACCGCGCCGCUCCAAGACCAAGUCUACAUAUCCUGGUAUGCUUGACAACACAGUUGCAGGUGGUAUGGCUACUGGAGAGAAUCCUCAAAUCUGCUGUGUUCGCGAAGCCAGUGAGGAAGCUUCACUGCCCGAAGAUCUCGUACGCGAAAAGGCACAUUCAGCAGGUACUGUCACAUAUUUCCACAUCAGAGAUCCCCGUGCUGGAGGCGAAACUCGACUGUUGCAACCAGAGUGUCAAUACAUCUUCGACCUCGAGUUGCCUGACGACGUACAGCCAAAGCCUUCAGACGACGAGGUUGAAGAGUUCUACUUGAUGGGUGUGGAAGAUUUGAAGGAGAAACUCAAGACUGGAGAGUUCAAGCCGAACUGUGCCGUUGUUUUGCUUGACUUCUUCAUCCGUCAUGGCGUCUUGAACGCUCAGAACGAACCAGACUUCAUCGAGAUUGUGAGCAGGCUGCAUCGCAAGCUGGACUUUCCUACAGCAUGA